AUGUUGUUAAUCGAUUUAUCCAUUACUAUUGACCCAAACUUUAUGCUCUUUGAGCUGGUGGCCUACCUCGUCGUCGUCAUCGUCGUCGUCACCCUCUCGAGGGUGUUCUACCUGUGGACCAAGACCAAGCUUGGUGCCACAGGCCGCUACGCGGGGCGGCGAUCAUCGAGAUCUACAAAAGUCCGUCUGCCUCAGUGCCUCGCUCGAAUUCAACUGGGAACACAUGCGACGGUGAUCGAGACGGGGAAAGUCCAUCUGCUUCAUGUCCCCCACGGGAAUCUAUGCAAAGCGACAACCAUCGGGGUCAACGAGUUCGAUUUGAGAAAUGGUCGAGAAGGGGAGGGCUCCCCGGGAACUAGUUCCCUACGAGAUGACGUGAGGCUUUUGCCAGUCAACCCACAUGAACCCAAAUAA